AUGAAAGCAGAAUUGCAGAUUGCCAAGUGCCAAUAUUCCAAGCACUACGUAGCCUAUCUUCAAUAUCGACGCAUCGGCCACGCCGUGCGCAGGCAGCUCGAAGAAGAGUAUCCGGGCUUUUCCCGAGCAGAAAAGACCGAUGAUUUGACCGGCGGCGAUGUCACGAGCAACGACACCCAGCGGCACCCACAGUACAGUCAAUUGCCUGGCGUGCAGCUGAAGGAGAUUGUCGACGACGAUGGAACCACCUCCUCCAUUCUCCUCGUCGAAUGGGAACACGACCACGACCCCAUCAAUCCACGCAACUACAGCCUCGCCGCGCGGAUCUCGGCGACCCUGCUCGUGACUGCGCUGGCGUUCGCUGUGGGAUGUGCGUCGUCAAUUGAGUCAGGGGUCAUGCCUCAAAACGCCGCUGCGUUCCAUGUCAGUGAUGUCGUUGCCUCUCUGGCAACGGGCAUGUACCUGCUUGGGUUCGCCGCUGGGUCCAUGGUGUCUGGUCCUCUGUCCGAGGUCGUUGGCCGCAAUGCCGUGUACACGGGGUCUCUCACCCUGUUCAUGAUUUUCAUCAUGGCCUCUGGGUUGGCGCCGAAUAUCGGGGCGCAGAUCGUGUUUCGGUUUCUGGCUGGCGUGUUCGGCUGUCCUCCGUUGACUUGCGCCGGAGGGACCAUCGCUGAUCUGUGGAAUCCGUUGGAAAAGACACUCACCUUCCCUCUCUAUGCGAUCUUGUCGUUUGGCGGGCCUGUGCUCGGUCCGGUGAUUGCAUCGUACAUGGGCGAGGGCACGCUCUCCUGGCGGUGGACCAACUGGAUCAUCCUGAUUCUCUCAGGGUUCAUCUUUGCAUUAAUCCUUCUGUUGCAGCCGGAAACGUAUGGCCCCAUGCUACUCAAAUGGAAGGCGCGUCAUCUCCGGAACCUCACGGGCGAUCCGCGCUACAAGUCCUCCAUGGAUCUCCAGAAGACCGCGCUCCUGUCCAGAAUCAGCAACGCAUGCAUCCGACAAUUCAGUCUCACCAUCCACGAGCCCAUCAUUCUGCUGAUUUCCCUCUACAUGACCGUGAUCUACAUCGUGCUGUUCACCUUCUUCGACGGCUACACCUACAUCUUCUCCGACAUCCACGGCCUCUCGCAGGGUCUCACCAACAUCGUCUGGGUCGCGAUGUACGUGGGGAUCUGCCUCGCGGGGUUAUUUGUGCCACUGAUCUACCGCUGGACGAAGCGAGAGUUCAAACAAGCCGCUCUUGCGCCUUCGUCAUCCUCAUCAUCUGACAACGACGAACCUAUCGACCCCAACCCGAACAACCCGCACGAGCAGCAGCAACAGCAACAGCAACCGUCCCAACCCAUCCCUGAUGAAAAGCCUCACCACCACCACGCCCCGCGCCCCGAAAACCGGCUCUGGUUCGCCAUGAUCGGCAGCCCGUUCAUCCCCGUCAGCCUGUUCUGGAUGGGGUGGACCUCGUACUCCAGCGUGUCGGUGUGGUCGCCGAUCGUGGCCUCGGCCGUGUUCGGCUUCGGCACCAUCACGGUCUUCAUCUCGUCGUACAUGUACGUCAUCGACGCGUACGACAUCUACGCCGCGUCGGCGCUGGGCUUCAUGACCGUCUCGCGCUACUGCGCCGCCGGCGGGAUGACGGUGGUGGGCGUGCCAUUCUACCAGAACAUGGGGGUGCAUUGGACGCUGACGAUCCUGGGGGCGAUCAGUGCGCUGAUGGUCCCCGUGCCGUAUGGGUUUUACCGGUGGGGGGUGAAGAUCCGUGGGUGGAGUCGGUUUGCGGUUUAGGUUACAUUAACAGUGAGUGGAGGUUUUGUUGAGAGGAGAGAGGCUGCAUCGGUGCAGUAAUCUUGGGGCGUGGAUGGUUGGGGAUUGGUGGGUUGGGUCGGGUAUGGUUGGCUGAGGGGCGGUCCUCGGCCUGCGUUUGCUUCUUUCUGGGCCUUUUCCAUGCCUCUGGAGGCUUGAGCUCCUUCGCGCCGCUUCUUGUCGCCUGUGCCUGGCUCAUUCACUGCGCGGUCCUUUUUGGGGCAGAGGUGGUUUGACUUUGUGGGAUGCAUCAAAAGUGAUACAUCGGUUAGAUACUUAGAUUGAUAGAUCGGUACAGUACACAUCUGGAUAGAUGGCAUAAUGUAAUUAGAAGGGAUUCGAAUAUAG